AUGGUCGACAGCCGAAAGGUAGGUGUACUGGGCGGUGGCCAGCUCGGCCGCAUGCUGAUCGAGGCCGCAAACCGACUUGAAAUUCAAGUCAAUGUCCUGGACGCAGCAAGGUCACCAGCAAAGCAGAUAUCGGCACACGACGGACAUAUCGACGGAUCUUUCAAAGACGCAGCCGCUGUGAAGAAACUCGCGGAAUCUUCUGAUGUCGUCACCGUCGAGAUCGAGCACGUAGACACACACAUGCUCGAAGAGGUGGCUGGACAGGUGGUCGUUGAGCCGAGUUGGAAGACACUACGGAUUAUCAAAGACAAGUACGCUCAGAAGCAACAUCUGAAACAACAUGGAGUUGCCGUCGCAGACAGCAUUGAUCUUGAAGGCAAGGGCGUUGAGGGACUAAAAGAAGUGGGCUCAUCGUACGGCUAUCCGUUCAUGCUCAAGAGUAAGACAGAGGCCUAUGACGGCAAGGGCAACUUUGUGGUCAAAAGUGAGUCAGAUGUCGGUGCAGCAUUUGAGGCGCUCGGUAAGCGACCUUUGUACGCGGAACGCUGGGCAGACUUCAAGAUGGAGCUUGCAGUCAUGGUCGUCAAGACGAAGGAUGGCGUACUCACAUUCCCCACGGUCGAGACAGUGCACGAGGACAGCAUCUGCAAACUCACUUAUGCACCUCCACGAAAUGUAUCGAAGAAGACUGCAAAGCGCGCUCAAGAACUUGCGAAGAAGGCCAUUGGGGCUUUCGAAGGCAAGGGUGUGUUCGGCGUAGAGAUGUUCCUGCUCAAAGAUGACAGCCUGCUCAUCAACGAGAUUGCACCUCGCCCACACAACUCGGGUCACUACACGAUUGAAGCUUGCCCCAUCUCACAAUAUGAAGCACAUCUACGAGCCAUUCUCGACCUCCCCAUUUCGCAAGAAAACCUCCGUCUCUGCGAACCUGCUAUCAUGCUCAACAUUCUCGGCGGUAAAACCCCAGAUUCUCAUAAGCUGGUAGCAAGAAAGGCCUUAGAAUCUGGCAAUGCAAGAGUUCAUCUCUACGGCAAAGGCGAUGCCCGUCCCGGUCGCAAAAUGGGCCACAUCACCAUCAAGGCGCCCACCCUCGCAGCCGCGGAACGCGAAGUCCAACCCCUCAUUGACUUUGUCGACGCACAAAAAGGCAAGACCGUUUCGCCAUCUAUCUCUGUACCUUCCAAGCCUGAGCCCGUUGUCGCCGUCAUCAUGGGUUCUGACUCCGAUCUCCCCGUCCUCCGCCCCGGUCUCGAGAUUUUGAAAAAGCUCGAAAUCCCCUUCACCACACGCAUUACUAGCGCCCAUCGCACGCCCGACUGGCUGCGCGAGUUUUCAAAGUCCGCCGAAUCCACGUCUGUCCAAGUGAUCAUCGGCGCAGCGGGUGGUGCAGCCCAUCUACCCGGCAUGUGCGCCUCGUGGACUACACUGCCGGUCAUCGGACUACCCGUCAAAGCUACCCACUUGGAUGGCAUGGAUAGUCUACUGUCUAUGACGCAAAUGCCUAGGGGUGAGCCUGUUGCUACUGUCGGUAUCAACAACUCGACGAAUGCGGCGUUGUUGGCGGUGAGGAUGCUAGGCAUGACAGACUUGGCGGUUAGAGACAGGUUGAGACUUUGGAUGGAGGGCAACGAGAUGGAGGUGAUGAGGAAGGACGGGGUACUGCUUGAGGGUGGUUGGGAGGCUUAUCUGGAUAGCAUGGCGAAGUAG